AUGAGCACCAUCUGGAGCCCAGACUUGUUGAUCAUGGACCCCGUCGUCGUCAAGGAAGAGCCCGACGACGACCACCACAACCCCCCCGCCGUCAACGUCGAACCUCCCGCGGACGACGUCGGGGAAGACGAAAAGUCGGAGGAUCUCGCGGGGAAGAUGUCGACGAUUUGGCGACCCAACCUCGACCGGCUGUACGCCAGCGUCGCCGAGAUGGAGGAAUCGGAAAGCGAAGAGGAGGAAAACGAUGCGACCAAGAAGGGAGUGAAGCGGAAGAGAGCCCCUCCCACGAAGGGGCCAUGCGAGCACGGGGUGAAGUGGCGGUCGAGAUGCAAGGUGUGCAGCGGUUGUCCCCACGGGAAGAGGCACUUUGAGUGCAAGGAGUGUGGCGGGGCAUCAAUCUGCGAGCACGGCCGCAGGCGCUCUCUGUGCAAGGAGUGCGGUGGGUCCGGAAUCUGCGAGCACGGUCGUGAGCGCUCUAAGUGCAAGGAGUGCGGUGGGGGCUCAAUCUGCGAGCACGGCCGUCAGCGCUCUUACUGCAAGGAGUGCGGUGGGGGCUCAAUCUGCAAGCACGAUCGUCAGCGCUAUCAUUGCAAGGAGUGCGGUGGGGGCUCAAUCUGCGAGCACGGUCGUCAGCGCUCUAAGUGCAAGGAGUGCGGCGGGGCAUCAAUCUGCGAGCACGGCCGUCGGCGCUACCGGUGCAAGGAGUGCAAGAAAUAG